AUGGCCACAACGGAACUGAAACAGUACAGCUUGGCGGAGGUGGCCCAACACAACAAACCGACCGAUCUGUGGAUGGUCAUACACGAGAAGGUGUACGAUGUGACCAAAUUUCUGCACGAGCAUCCCGGUGGUGAGGAGGUGCUGAUCGAAUGGGCUGGCAAGGAGGCGACGGCCGAAUUUGAUGACGUUGGACACAGCACGGAUGCCAAAGAACAGAUGAAGCAAUUUCUUGUCGGUGAACUUAUCGAAGCGGAUCGGAAAAAGAAACCUAGCGCCGGCUUUACGUUAAAUAAACGAACGGCACUGAUCGCCGGUUCAGCCGCAGCCAUCGGUGCUGGGUUGGCAUUGAUCUUCACAGCUAACAGCAGAAAAUAG